CCUUUCUACUAGUUCAAAGGUCAAAAAGCAGCUGCGUAUAUGGCGCAUGUUCACGCAGCAAUGUGCCAUUACUGUAGUAUAAAAGUUCAGUAGUUUUACCAUAGUUGGACUUUUCACUUUGUCGUAAUUUGAGCAUUAUUUUAAACUAGUGUCAGUGUUUUGAGUACAGAUAGUUGUAAGGAAAUGGCAGGUCCAGAGUUGCUGCUCGACUCCAGUAUCCGCCUGUGGGUUGUUUUGCCCAUAGUCUUCAUCACAUUCUUCGUCGGAGUUUUGCGUCAUUACGUCACUCAGCUGAUUCAUAACGACAAGAAAGUUGAUCUGCAGCAGGUGUCUGACAGCCAAGUGUUGCUGCGCAGCCGCAUCCUGAGAGAAAAUGGAAAAUAUCUUCCCAAACAGUCAUUUGCCAUGCGAAAACACUAUUUCAACAACCCUGAGACUGGAUUCUUCAAGACGGUCAAAAGAAAGGUGAUCCCCAAAAACCCCAUGACUGAUCCCAGCAUGAUGAUGGACAUGAUGAAGGGGAAUCUAACCAAUGUGUUGCCAAUGAUUGUGAUUGGAGGAUGGAUCAACUGGGCCUUUUCUGGUUUUCUCACAACUAAAGUUCCGUUUCCUCUGACUCUGAGAUUUAAGCCCAUGCUACAGAGAGGAAUUGAGCUGCUCUCUCUGGACGCUUCCUGGGUCAGUUCAGCAUCAUGGUAUUUUCUUAAUGUGUUUGGGCUCAGAAGCAUGUACACACUCAUCCUUGGACAAGACAAUGCUGCAGAUCAGUCGAGGAUUAUGCAGGAUCAAAUGACAGGGGCGGCGAUGGCGAUGCCUCCUGAUCCUAAUAAAGCAUUUAAGAGCGAGUGGGAAGCCCUGGAGAUUGUGGAGCACAAAUGGGCCCUGGAGAACGUAGAAGAGGAGCUCAUGUGUCAGGAUCUGAACUUGCUUAGCUAAGAAUUACAGUAAAAAACAAACCCUGAUUUCAAAUCACUUUUUGAUAUGAACUAAGCUAAGCUGCUAAGAUGGUUCAAUUCAUAAGCAGAUGUGAUUUCUUUACACGAUUCAAAUGUUGAUACUCGUUGACUGCAUUGAUCUCCUUGAAUGUCCUGCAAAGCAUCUGUAAUAUGUCUGACAUGUUUGUGUGAACUGAGAUUUGCACAUAAACAUUGAUUAGUUGUAAGCAUAGAUCUAAAUUAUAUACAUUUAUGGCAGAGGUAUUAAUAUACGGAAUUUGUCAUGUCUUAAUAGUGUGUUUAUGUGAGAAGUGAUGCCUUGAAAAUCAUUUUGGGUUUUAAUAAAGAUUAUAUUGCACCCUAAGAUGAGGAGGAAAUCAGUUUGUGCUUCAGGUGAGAGAAAAUGAGCAGAUUGAAAAUACUACAUACUCCAUAUUCAAAACUCAAAAGCUUUUAUUUGAUAACUUCUUUAUAAUAUAUCAUUUCUAUGCAAAAAUGCCCCCACAAUACAAAAUCACAAAUAUGAAAUUUGGCGUUUCAUACUGUGAAAGGUGCUUUUGAAUAUUGCAAAAUAAAUUGUGUAGCAUUGACAGAAAUAAAAGUUGGUUUCUCAAACCAACUGAUUGCUUUAACAUUUCAAAUAUUCACAGCUGACCGUUUGAUGGAUUUCACUGAAAUAAUAUAACCAUGAUCAGAGGUCACACGGUAGCUUUAAUAAAUAUCUGAAUUUAAUAUUAGAAAGAAAUUAUGCUGUUUGUUGCUCUCUGAAGCUGUUGAUUCCAGCUCUAAUUAAUUAUUUUAGAAAAAUAAAUGCCAGAGUGAAGCCAUUAUUUACAGUAAAAUAGUAAAACUCUUUUUAAAUGGAUCGUUACAUUCAUUAAACCUUGUACAAAGUGGAAGACUGUAGAUGAGAAAGGAGCUAAAUCAUUUGAGGAACAAUUUUUUUUCUAUUUACAAAAAA